GACACCUACACGCAGGCUUAUGGCGACUUUGACUUUGAUCCUCAGAAAUUCCCCAACGUGACGGAAAUGUUCAAGAAACUAAAAGAAGAGGGGUUUAAAGUGACCCUGUGGACUCAUCCCUUCAUCAACUACAACUCCUCCAAUUUUGGCGUGGGGAUAGAGAGGCAGCUGUUCAUCAAGGAGCCGACGGGGAGGCUCCCCGCGAUGGUGGAGUGGUGGAACGGCAUCGGGGCCAUCCUGGACUUCACCAACCCGGCGGCCAGGGAGUGGUUUCAGAGCCACCUGAGGCAGCUGCGCUCCAAGUAUGGCAUCUCGUCCUUUAAGUUCGACGCCGGAGAGACGAGCUACCUCCCGAAGCAGUUCAGCACCUUCCGGCCCUUGUCGGACCCCAGCAUCUGGUCCCGCCGGUACACCGAAAUGGCCAUCCCCUUCUACGAGCUGGCCGAGGUUCGUGUCGGCUACCAGUCCCAGAACAUAUCGUGCUUCUUCCGCAUCAUCGACCGCGACUCAGUGUGGGGCUACGAGCUCGGCCUCAAGUCCCUGAUCCCGACCGUGCUCACCAUCAGCAUGCUGGGGUAUCCUUUCAUUCUCCCGGACAUGAUCGGGGGGAAUUUCCUCCCGAACAAGACAGAAGGGGCUGUUGAAAUCCCCGACCGGGAGCUGUACAUCCGCUGGCUGGAGCUGUCGGCCUUCAUGCCCUCCAUGCAGUUCUCCAUCCCACCCUGGCUCUACGACAAGGAGGUGAUCGAGAUUGCGCAGAGGUUCAUGGAGCUGCACGAGUCCCUGGUCGCCCCCCUCCUGCUGGAGCUGGCCGGGGAGAUCACGGACACGGGGGACCCCAUCAUACGGCCCAUCUGGUGGAUUUCCCCCAGCGACGAAUCUGCCCACAAAAUUGACUCCCAGUUCCUCAUCGGGGACACGCUCAUGGUGGCCCCCGUGCUGGAGCUGGGCAAACAAGAGCGUGACGUGUACCUCCCCGCCGGGAAAUGGCGCAGUUACAAAGGGGAGCUGUUUGAGAAGACCCCGGUCCUGCUGACAGACUAUCCCGUCGACCUGGAUGAAGUUGCUUAUUUCCUCUGGGUGUCUUAACAGGCUCCCCCAUCAGCUUCAAGCUCUGCAAUGGCUAUUGAACUUUAUGACCAAGGAAGCAUUUUAUGUCCUGAGAUCAAUACCCCAUGCUAUGUUAUUAUGGAUAGCAAUAACCAUUGCACAGGGCGACUUCUGAAUGGUAAUAAUCUGGGCACACCGCAAUCUUUUUACAAGCAUUUUGUCACUUAAAAUGUCCCUUCCUAAAGCUUGAGCAUCUCGGUCUUGGUAUCAUUUAUACGUACAGCAUAAGGAAAGCACAGAUUCUGCUCAUUAUGUUCUCAGAGAGCAAUGACUCGGACACUGUUUUCCUUUAAAGGACAUUGUGUGGGUUGGGUGGUGACUCUGUCGUCCUGCUGAUUCAAUUUUAUUUUUUUGCAGUAUAAAGUGGCUUUGAUCUUGGUGCUGGCAUUGCUUACAGCAGAAUAAUUUUUAAGUAUGAGUCAUGCGAUACUCCUGCAGAGACAGAGACUCCUGCCACCAGCUCGUGUGACAGGUUUGCAAAGGGUGGCAGAGCUGUGGCAGCUGGCUGCAAACCCAGCAAUCUCAGCAUUGAGGAGUUAAGGUUGACAUCAGUCACUAACAUCUUGCCCUCCGCUGGGGGAGAUUACUGACUGAUCUACCUACAGAAACCCAGCAAGCCUAGCUCUGGUGCCAAUUUGUUAACCCAUGUAAUCCGCGCCUGCAUUUUACUGACGUUGGAGAUUUAGCCCCCAAACCAGUGGGCUGGAAGGAUGUGCUUGAAACUUGUGCAGACUCCGAGUUCAUGGAUUUCAUUUCU